CGUUUUGUAGUCACUUUAUAAAGUAAAGUUAAAAGCAUGCUGCACAUUUUUUUUUUAAUUAUCGAUACAGUGUGUCGAGAAGUGUGUGAAUACGCUAUGAAUGACUUUUUACUUUAUUUUUAAAAUUAUUUUUAAAGCAAUGCGCAAUUUGUAGAAGCAGGAAGUACUACAGAACACUCGUUUGUUGUUUUUACAUGUGAUUUCUGUUACCUUGCUGUCUGGUUUCAGAAUCAGAAUCAGAAAGAGCUUUAUUGCCAGACUGUUCCAGCCACAUCAUUUGAGAGCUAAAAACAGAGGCCUUUCAUUAUCACCGCAGAGGAGAGGAACCUACAGUGCCUUACAGGAGAGUGUCUUGGCAGGAAGUCAGUCAUUAGCGGGUAGUUGUGGGCACUCAUGGCAUCGGCAGACCACCAAGGAAACAAGGACCCCGCAGACACCUCGCGAACAGAUGGAGCUCCAUCCCCUGGCACAUCGUGCCCCGUCCACAGCCACACUGCUGAAGAAGCGAAGCGGAACGGCUUGAGGAAAGGAUUGGUCAGACAUCGAGACUACGUCAAAAUCUCUGUGCCAGAAGGAAAGGGCAACCGAUUACCAUCGGAAUGGUGGAAGACGUUCAUCGCUUUGUUUUAUGCCGUUUUGAACCUGGUUUUGACCACGGUUAUGAUCACUGUGGUUCAUGAGAGAGUACCACCCAAAGAGAGCAGCCCACCCCUGCCGGAUAAGUUCUUUGACUAUAUAGACCGUGUGCAGUGGGCGUUUACAGUGACUGAGGUCAAUGGAAUGGUUCUGGUGUCUAUAUGGUCCAUUCAAUUGCUCUUUCACAGAUACAGGGCUAUUGUAGGAAGACGAUAUUUCUUCAUUCUGGGCACAUUGUACAUGUAUAGAUGCAUAACCAUGUACGUCACCACCCUACCCGUGCCUGGCAUGCACAUGGUCUGUGCCCCAAAGCUCUACGGAGAUUCGCAAGCAAAGCUGCAGCGUGUUCUGCAGUUGCUCUCUGGUGGAGGAUUAUCAAUCACCGGUUCCCAUCUGCUGUGUGGAGACUUCCUGUACAGCGGCCACACUGUCAUUCUCACGCUCACUUACCUCUUCCUCAAAGAGUAUUCUCCUCGUUCUUUCUGGUGGUACCAUCUUCUGUGCUGGUUAACGGCUGCUGUGGGCAUUGUGUGUAUCCUGGUGGCCCAUGAACACUACAGUGUGGACGUGGUGGUGGCGUAUUUUAUCACCACACGACUGUUCUACUGGUAUCACACUAUGGCUAAUCUGCAGACUUUAAAGUGUUCUCCGAACAACUACCUCACUCACACCUGGUGGAACCCUGUGUUUAACUUCUUCGAGAGGAACGUCCAGACCCAAGUGCCCUGUUCUUUCUGCUGGCCGAUCACAUGGCCCCCUGCCUGCCUGAAGAACCCCUGUAAGAAAUAUUCCAUGGUGCAGAGCGGCCGGGAGGAGUGACGUGAUUCAUCACCAUGCUUACACCACCAUGUGGAAAUGUUUUGUGUUUGGCUUGUGGCUAUCUCAAUAUUUACACCAUACCAAAGACUAAAGACUGUUUGGCUAUUGUUGCUAAUACAUCUCAUAUAACAAAGAGCCAAGCAGUUCAUGAUGACCAAAAUAUUGUAAAACUCAAUACUAUUUUUUUUUUUUUACAUUAAUUUAUAUUCAAUGAGGUCAUUUAAAUAAGCACUUUUGUAAGGAUUUAAAUGGCCUACUGGAAGUGUUAUGGCUGUAAAAUUAUGGAUUUUAGUUUUUUUCAGUUUGUGCAUGCUUCUUAGCUGUCAUAUUUUCCUCUUGUCUGUUUAUUUAAUUGUCAUUUAAAACUUUUGUUUGUCAUAAUGUUGAAAAAUACAUUUGUCAAUUUGUUUAACCGGCUUUCAUUAAUUUUAUACACUAUUUUAUAUUAUAAAUGCAUGCAUUCUUUUUCUAAUGAUUCACAUCAACUGUUAAUUUUAGUUAAUUUUAUGCUUAUUUUCUGUCUUAAGAUGUUUUAUGAAAAUAAAUGGU